AUGGAUAUGACGAGCUUCGGAAGGGUUACCUCGCUUGGCGCAUGACCUGGCACACAUUCAAAGCCAAUGCAAACCCCAAGUCUGUUGAAGGCGCAAAGUCUAUCUUGAGGAACAUUGCCUCCAGGAGCUUACCAAAAGCUGAACAUGUGGGGAGACAUUACAAACGACUAUACCCUCCUGUCCUAUGAAUAUUUGACCAAAGAGGAUUUCAUGAACCUCUAUGACCUUGGAGACCAGGCCAUUAAGUACUUGAAAUCUCACCGUCUCGAUUGGAGAAAGGAUAUCGAUGUUAUACAAGACUUUGCUGGUCUGAAACUGUCUGUCCUUAGUCAAGAAUCCAUCUCGGAAUUAAGAGACAUCAUUCAUACUAUCAACGCCGACCUCAUGAGACUGGUCACCGCUGAACUCGAGCUCACGGAAACUCCCAAAAUUUGGAUUGAGAUGAAUCGAAGAACACUGUAUUACUGUGCCAAACAGAAUUUCAAGACUCUUAGGCAAGCCCUUUGCGACAAGCAUCGGCGAGACACUAACCAACAUUUUGGUAGGGAGACUAUGAGACAUGCUGUUUGA